AUGUAUUGGAAAGUGGUUGUGACCACGGCGGCGCUGGCCUCGCGCGCUUACGCCGAGAUUCGCCCGCUGUCGAUGGAUUCCGCUGUCGAGGUCCGCGCGGUGGACGUGUUAGAACGAAGCUACGAGGAUGUCGCAAACCGAUACAUGGAAAAGCGACAAAGCUCCGUUGUGGACGGAGAGUGGGGUUCGAGGGCGACCGAAGUCACCCUCAACAACGACGGCACCAUCAACAUGACGGCCUGGGAGCAGGAGACGUCGGUCAAAUGCACCGACGCCCUCUCACAUCUCGACCAGGCCUCGAACCCUUCUGGAACCUGCAUUUGCUACAACCUGCCGAGCCUGAACUCCCAAACUGGUGUCUUCGAAGCCGACCUGCGCUUGUUCAAGGUCUCUGAGCCGAAUGGUGCCUUCUCGGGCAUUCCGCCACAAAACAUCCAGGUUGGACUUUCAUUCAACGGAGCAUCCGUCUCACCAGUUAGCGCAAGCAAAAUUGGCAGCUCUACUCCACGACGGGAUAUCAACUUUGAAGUCCACUGGGCCGGCUUGCAAAAAAGAGUCGUCACGCCGCAGGCCCUGCAAACCUAUCUGUUUGUCGGACAGAUCGACCAGACCAGAAUGGUGGCACCCAUGGCACAAUUUGAAGCACUCGUUAUGCCGACUCUCACGCUUACUGGUGUUAAUGCCGCUGGCCAGACUGUCAGCACGAACGUCUCCUCCAACGAGGCCGCCUUCCUUACCGGUGUCUUCUCCAAGGAAAUCAUCAGAUCUGAUUUUGCCGUUGCCCAGGCUGCCGUCGACGAAGUUGUCGCCCAGCUCAAGAACGGCACCGUUGCCUUUGUACUCCCUGGCGUGCAACUGAUGAUCUUCCCCGUCGGUCUCAUCGUCACCAGUACCUGGCUCCUCAUCGGACUGGGGUUCUAUGGAUUCGGCACGUAUGAGCGAAUUGUCUACGCAGAGAGCUACAGGAGAAGACGGGCUGUCGCAGGCGACACAGCCAAGCGCAUAUAA